AUGGCUUCAUCCUGGCUCCAGCACGCGAAGGACGCGUGGGACCUUCAAGAUCUACUAAUGCGCAAGCUUCAGACGCUGGUAAGGUCGGACCUGGGUGAUGAUCACCGAGAGAAGACAUUGUCUGCCGUUAUGGAGCACCUUCUCGUCUCUGACCAAGAGCUGGUCGAGGCCGUGACCGAUGGCAAGGCGCGAAAGAAAAUCGACCUGUUCCUUCGGUUAAUGGAGGCUUGGUUCGGUCUCACCACUGACGACCUCAACCUCGACAUAUUUAUCGGUACCGACCUUAUGGGCGACGACCCUGGUGCUCAUUGCAUCGUCCCGUCAGGUUUCAUUGAGCACCUCGCUGAUCCGAUCCGUGACGUUAUUCACACGAACGUGUCGGUAACGUCAAUUAACUAUGAAAGUCCAGAUGGAGUGCUCAUCGAGUGCACCGACGGACGCCGCGUGAUGGCCGACCGCGUCGUUGUUACCACUUCACUGGGCCACCUUCAGAGCGGCAAACUGCACUUCCAGCCGGAGUUGCCCGCCGUCAAAACCGAAGCUCUCAAGCGGUCGAAGGUGGGCCAGUAUAUGAAGGUGCUGGUGCAAUUCCCCGAGGUCUUCUGGCCCAAGCACGCUACAUUCAUGGGCCAGAUUCAGCAAAAGAACACGAGCGAUGGUCGCCGCAUUUUCUUCCCGUUAGUGUUCAGCCACCACCUCGCCAAAGGGGUGCCUAUCCUGGAAGGUGUCCUUAUCGGUGAUAAUGCGAGCGCCGUUUCGGCUUCGUUCACUGACGAGGAGAUUGCGAACGCGCUAUUCUUGCAAAUGCAAAAGACCUUCGGACCCGCAGUUCCUAAACCGAUCAACCACUUCAUCACUCGGUAA